AUGUCCACGGGUUUAGAGUCGGAGGCAGCUUUCAGGGCGAGGGCCACUGAGAUUGGAUUGCCAGAAGACGCAAUUGACCGCCUAAAAAAUGGUGGGGUGAAAAGCUUCGGAGCAUACACCUUUAUUACCAGCUAUCAGCCAGGUCAAGCAGAUGAGACCCCGCUGAUCACAGCCUUGACAGAUACCAUGGGCCGUGCACCAACAAAUGCAGAGACCAUUGCCUUGCGUAGAUUGUUUUUCGAGUCCUCGACCUUAGCAGUGAAUGAGUUCAAGCAACGUUCCGAAAGAGACGAAACUGCCGAACCAACCAAGAUGCCAGUAGCUGAACGGAAUGCCAGGUUGGAGGAUCAGAAACAACGACUCCCAGGCAUACACUUUAGCCCGGAGACUGAGCCCAGUCACAAAUUGGUAGACACCGUUUGCCAGAUGGCCACUGACCAGGCCCUGGAGUGGACACCAUGGGAAAAGCUCACCAGCAGGAGCAGCGAGAUCACCCACAGCCAAAAAGACUUGAAGUUCUCUUUGGAUAGCCAAGGGUCAAUGAAGGUUGCUGCAAAGAUGCAAAGCCCUGACGCCAAUGUCACAGGUGAAAUGCGAGUCCGACAAGCCCUCAAUCGGAGAGCCCGGGCCUUUGACCUUGCCCAGCUGUGCGCUUACACCACCAUGGUGGCUUGGCAUGAACGCAUUUUUGAAGUCCUGCAGAAGGAGCCAGCUCCUAACGCAAUGGCAGUCACAAUGCACCAGUUGAAAGAGGCCGACAAGAUGCUCUUCAGGAAGCUUGCUGAGAAAACCAGAGCUGGGGCCAACCGGGGCUUGAGCUGGAAGACUGAAAAGGCACGGACGGCUUCGAAGGUGGGCCAUUCGCAGUGCAAAGCCUCUGCUGGUGAUUCUGGAGAUGAAUCCAUCGAGGGCAGCACGAAGUUGGGCCACAUCGACCGUGCUGGCAUCACAGUGUUCGUGAAGAAAUUGAAAAUCUCCUCGGAGGGGCUUCAGGUUUUAACAGCUUGCUGUGUUUGUAACAACCAAUUGAGUGAGAGGGGAGUUGAGGGUGGGAGCUUCACCUCGGCCUUGGUGGCCAUUUUGGCUCAAGGCUGGGGUGUUUUCAUUUCAAUGUGCCCAGGGCUAGGUGGGGAAGGCAGCGACGCAGCACCUGGUCCCUUCGGUCAACCGACCGAGGAUCCGGGUGUGGACCUCCUCCUGUGGGUGCUGGUUAGCAAUUACGGGCUGGGGGUCCUGUGUGGCUGGUUCCUCCGUGCCUUUUGGGUCCGGUUUGGGAUCGGAAACACCCGAGCCGCAACCUUUCGCGUUGUGGGCCCUUGGGAAGUGCUUACAUCCCGGGCUUUGCGCUUUGUGCGCCGUCGACGAGCGAUCAGCUUGGCCUUCUCCAACCUCAGGGAAAGCUCCUUGCGCCAAUCGGUGCAGAGCCGACCCAAUCUGAGGGCCCUGCCUUGCAACAUGGACCCAACCGAAGAGGAGCUCAACAACAUGGAGACCAUUGACGACGUGGCAGACUGGGCCGGUCUUGAGGGCCCUUUGAAAGAGGGUCUCCUCAAAGGUCUCGGCACCCCGACGAAACUCAGGGACAUUGCAUUCAUCACACGCCCGGUGUGGGACGCAGCACUUGUCCUCCUGAGGGUACCGACAGCACCAGCCAAUCCAGGCGACCCACCAGGUCAACGUGAACCCACACCAGUGGAGGGCUCGAGGCUGGAAAUCUUUCGACGGGUGGUGAUGCUCCGGAUGCAGAUGACGCCCGACACACCGGGGGAUCCGGGUAUACAACGCCCUGGGGUUGCUACAACUCCGGCACAGCCCCCGUCCAGUUCACAAGGUUCCCCAACGAGGAAGAUCAAACUGUCAGUGGUCAUUGACCCAACUCUGGACUCAGAGGUGGUCCAGUUGGAACAGACCGCUGUCAGUGCAAUGUACGCCAAGUACAAAAGCAGGUUCGGUGAUCACCCAUCGCCGGAGGUUGAGCCGAGCAUCGACCAAUUGUCGGCUUUGGCACAACUGUUGAAGGCGAACGCCACGCCAUACGCGGACAUGUCACUGUGGGGUCCACAUGGGCUCAGAACGCUGCGUAAAGCGGUGUUCAAGAGCUACGUGUUGAAUGCGGCAUCGGGGGAAUGGAGCAAGAAAGAAGCCCCUGGCCCAGAGAGCAUCGUCGCCUGGGAAAAGUGUUUUAAAACAUACAAGGUGGCGAUGGUGCUCUUGGAGGCUGCGGACCCCGAGAGGCUCGAGGCCUACAUGGAACACGUCAAGGAGUUCCACAAUCGCUUCGGGCCAGCAUGCUGGGGGAUCAUAUACCGUGCAGACACCCGCAUGCGGUCCGAGUACAUGGAGAGAAUCCGGCGGGCGCUGGACGAUGACCCACGGCAUGGGUAUACACCCGCCAACCCUUGGGCUGCCAUCUUCGCGGAAGCGGUCCGGGAGCAAGAUUUCUGGACAAGGGAAGUGGUGACCCCAAGCACACUGCUCUUGGCCCGCAACAAGUCCAUAGCCUGUGGGCUGAGCUCGGACUCCUCGAUCGAGUCGGCCCCAGAGCGGCCAUCGCCAAAGAGGAAGAAGUCCUCGAGCCCGAAGCUCAAGAAGAAGAAGGCAAAGAAGAAGUACACGGGGGAAGACAAGAGCAAGUGGGACGACAACAACAAGGUCUUCUCCCUCAACCGCAAGGGCCUUCAGAUUUGCAUCAAGUUCAACAAGGGGCAGUGCGGCAAUGGCAAGCCACAGUCAAGCGAGGGUGAGGCAGCACCUCCUACCCUUGCCGGUGACACUGCAUCAGGUGCAAAGCGCUCCAAGCGCAAGAAACAGCCUGAGUCGGAUCCCAGCGCACCGCCCGAAAAGAAAGGGCGCAAAGAAGAAAGCCCCAAGGAGAGGGCUGCGGCAUCCUCUUCAGGGGUGAAGCUGGUUCCAAGAAACCAGAGACCGUCCAGGUCACCACUGCAAAGAAAGCGAAGGCCAGUGCAGGCCGCACCGCAUCGGCAGGGGCCAAGCCAGCUGCCCAAGCCGCCAAGCUGGCACCCGUACCGGUACGGGGCGACAAACGUCCCGCCAGAACAGUGGGACCACAGGCCCAGGGCACUGCUGCUGUUCAGCGGCAAGUCCAGGGAAGGCGACAUCGCCAGCUAUCUUGCAGCAGGAGGAUGGAUAGUGGUGGUCGUCGACAUUGUGGGCCCCACCACAUGCGAUGUUCUGGACUCCGACAAUUACAGGCUCAUUCUGAAAGAAGUUCAGGAUGGCGUAUUCGACUGCGUGGGUAUUGCCACGCCUUGCGAGACGCUGUCACCCCUCAGGGAGAAUCCCCCAGGCCCCAAGCCAUUGAGGGACCUGGCUCAUCCUGAGGGUCUCGGCCGUAAGAAGCGCUCAAAGGCCGAGCAACAGCAGCCCGCUCAAGCAAAUCAGAUGUUCGAGCUGUCUGCGGAGGCGGUCAAGUAUCAGCUCAGGGCUCAUCGGUCGUUCUGGCUGGAGAAUCCUGACCAUGGAUCCAAACUUGACUUCUGGAAAACGAAGUGGGGCAUCAGCAUCGAGAAGCACGCACUGGUGCUCAAGGCGGCCUUCGACCAAUGUAUGUUCGAUGCAGAGGUCACCAAACCGACCAAGCUGGCACACUUCGGCAUGGACCUCACCGAGUUGAGAGGCAUCAGGUGCACACAUCAAAACCGCACCUGGACCAAGCCUGACGGCUCAGAGUACAAGGCCAAGCACGAAAGCCUUGUGCAGAGGUGGCGCACCAACGAGGGAGGCAACAAAGAAAGGGCGUCCAAGGCAUUGGGAGCAUACCCACCGAGGAGCUCCCCUGAAAGGGGGGCGCUGAAGGUCCAGCCGGGCCGCAUCUGGAAGACGCAAGGCGAGGCCAUAAAUGAGCUCCUCCUGAACGCAGCCACCCAUCCAGAAGCAGUGCGCAUUACAAAGGCACUUCUGGGGGGGCAGAAAACCGUGCCCCUCGACAAAGAGUUCGUCGAGAAACUCAGAGAGCUGGUGGUGGGCUUGCUGGCUCCGGCCGGCGUCCAACUACCCCAGAAGAGCACGAGGGCGUCAACGCCUAUCUCGGCGGAGGUGCUUUGGGCCUGGGGUGAAUUCACAGAGGACCCCGACGCCAAGCUGCUGGCCACCUGGCUGAGAGAAGGAGCCCCACUGGGCUAUUCACAACCGAUACCCUGCACAGGGGUAUUUCCCAGGGUCACAGGACCACAUUGGGAAGAGGAAGCGGCGAAUCAGCUGGCCAGGCAAUACGAGGGAUGGAAGAAUCACCCAUCAGCUGACGAAUGGCAGGAAGACCUCGCCAUACUAGUUGCAGAGGCUCAAGCAAAAGGCUUCAUCUCCCUGUUCGACACCAUGGAGGAGGCCGCAACGUACCUCGGCCGUUGGCCGGUACUCAACAAGCUUGGCCUUAUCGUGAAAGUGAAGGGUGACAAGAGAAAGGCCCGACUCAUUUGGGACCUACGUGAAUCAGGGGUAAACGGACUAUGCUCUCAGGGCGAGAGAAUCAUACUGCCCAGGCUAACCGACGCAGCGGCAGAUGCAGUCGCUAUCCUCAGAGCCGGGGGCACACCAGUAUUCUUCGCGAUAGACAUCGAGAACGCGUUCCACAAUGUUCCGGCAGGGGAGGACAAAGCGUUCACGGCAGCUGCCAUUGAAGUGAACGGCCAACAGAAAGUACUGGUGUAUGACGUGCUCGUUUUCGGAGCAGUCUCGUCACCGACUCUCUGGGGACGCUUCGCCUCGUGGCUGGGCAGAACUUUGGCGGCCGUCAACCCGGCAGUGGCAUGCCAGAUCUAUGUCGACGACCCCAUCAUGGUCUUCGACUCCAGCGACCCGAAGGGGGACAAACAAAUCACGGUCAGCAUCCUCUGGGCGGCCGUGGCGGGUUUCCCAAUCAAAAUGGAGAAGACAGAGUCAGGUCAUUCAGUGAAAUGGAUCGGCGCAGAAAUGCGCAUAUUACAGGAGGACAGGGCAGUUUCCAUAACCAUUCCAGCCGACAAGGUCUCGGAGGUUGUGGAACGCAUCACGAAAAUUAUGGCGAGACCGGUAGUGGGCAAGAAGCAAUUGCAAUCGCUAGCCGGUGCACUGUCAUUCUUCGCAAGCGUCGUCCCAUUGAUGCGCCCGUUCCUGGGGGGCAUCUGGGCGGUGUUGGCGACUGAUGAUGGCCCUUCCAGGGCCAGAAAGCUCGUUCACACCAAACGGAUUGCCCACUCCAUGGAAUGGAUCCUCGCGCUAUUGGAAGAAUCGACUGUACCGUUCACUCGAGUGGUCAGACAACACGACCCAGUGCCGCCUCCUUUUCCUCAAGAUCGCCUCGGGGAAGCCAAACGGAUUCCCAUCGAGGUAGGUCCCGACUUUUGGCAAAUCCGUGAACUCGGACGCGGAAAAAGUGCGGCGGGUUACCUGAGGUCCGUAGGGCCCACAUACUGGCAAAGGCCAGCUACUGCUCACGACGAGCCCAAGAAGCCUAAAGGGUUCAGGCCCUUGGCAGAAGGGCCAGUCAUUUCGUCUCGUGCCCCCGUUGCCGAUGGUAUUGACAACAAGGCAGCCAGCUCCGGACCCCGGGAGUGCAUGGAGCACAUUGCCAAGCGGGCCCGUGCGGCUAACUCCCAUGGACCAACAUUGUCUAGGGAGCGCACCUGGGAAUCCGUAGCAAAGGCAGCCGGGUACGAUCGCGCUUUUGAUCUCGUCCCCGACCUGAUAUAUUCUGUCAUGGGGGCCCUGGACAAAGCAGGGUACAGGUCAGCCGAACUGUACCUCGAAGUCGCGAAGCAAAGGCACAUCGAAAAAGGGCAACCCUGGACGGCACAGCUAGCGCUAGCGGCUAAAUGCGCCAAGCGUGCGUGCCAGCGGGGCAGAGGGCCAGCAAAGCAAGCUCAACCCUUGCCCUUGGCCGAUGUUUCCACUCUCACCGACGUAAGCAACCCGCUUGCGCCAGGGGGCCCGGAAUGGGCCGUCCGGUCAACGGUGCUUGCGUCCUGGUGGUUGUUGAGGGAAAUUGAAGCCAGCAACACGCUGCUAGCGCACGUGCAAGUGGAUCCUAGAGAAAAGUUAAUAAAAUGGAAUUUGCCGUCCAGUAAAGCAGACUGGCGCGCGUUGGGCGCCACUCGCACCCACACAUGCUCCUGCGCGGAGCAAGGAAGCCCAGCACUCUGUCCAUACCAUCUCAUGGUGGAACAAGUGAAAUGGGCCAAAGCGAAAAGGCAUUCGUUCCUCUUCUGUACAGAAACCGGCGCUCAGACGACCAAGUCAGGCUGGGCCGGCACUUUUGAGGCGAUUGCCCAAAAGCUGAAGCUGAAAUUGGUCGGCCCCACUGGGCUUCGACUAUUCACAGGCCACUCAGCCAGGGCCACGGGAGCCGUACACAUGGCUCGCACCCAAAUCGAACUUUGGAGAAUCCAAUUGUUUGGUCGUUGGGGAUCCGAAAUAUUUAAACAAUAUGUAAGAGACGCUCCCCUCGAACAGCUCCAUGGUUUGGCCCAAGAAGUUUCGCUCAAAGCAUCCCUAGCAUCAGCAAGGGCUGAGCUAUCGGCCAUCCUGGCGGCCACCAAAGAAGCCACGGCAGCCGCAACCGGCCUUGCCCACCAGCCGGUUGAAGCCUUGGCUGACUGCGAGGCGGCAGCAAUCAUCGAACCUCCGGCACCAGAUCCACCGGAGAAUGAUGUACUUUUUGUUAGAAACCGCUCUUCGAGAGGCAAAGUACACUUGGCGGCACGCCACGGAAACACUUUGCCACAUUACCUGUGGCGUACAAAGUGCUUUUGGCAUUUUGCCCGUGGCCAAGCCGACUAUGCCCUUCUCAAAGAAGAGCCUAACGGAGCAAAAUGCUCUAAAUGUUUCAAGCUCCCUGCAAAUAACGAAAGCGACGGGAGCUCUUCUUCCUCUUCCCGGUCGCAGUCGUCAGAGUCGUAA